CACGCGCGCACGUGCGCGCCCGGCUGCGGCGCGGCCCCGAGACCUCCGUCGGCCGCUGAGAGGCGCCCGGAGUCUGGGCCGCCGCUGUCUAGGGGCUGAUACACGGGCGUCCCCAGCGUCCUCGGCCCGAGUCCCGGAGCGCCGGGCCGUACCCGCCCCGUCGGUCCGCGCUCGCGUUCCCUGCCCGCGGCCGUCAGGGCCCGCCUCCCAAGUCCCCUCUCCGUUCCCGGGGCAGGGUCCUCGCGGUCCAUGCUGGCCGCUGGGGGCCCGCGCCACCCAGACAGCUCCCGGGCCGGCCGGCCGGCCACCAUGGUGGCUCUGAGGCCUGUGCGGCUCCUCCAGGGGGGCUAACAGGCCCAGAGCGCAGGCUUCGGGGCACGAGGGUCCCGGGCCUGAGCCCCGCGCCAUGGCCGGGGCCAUCGCUUCCCGCAUGAGCUUCAGCUCACUCAAGAGGAAGCAGCCCAAGACGUUCACCGUGCGGAUCGUUACCAUGGACGCCGAGAUGGAGUUCAAUUGCGAGAUGAAGUGGAAAGGGAAGGACCUAUUUGAUUUGGUGUGCCGGACCCUGGGGCUUCGGGAAACCUGGUUCUUUGGACUGCAGUACACAAUCAAGGACACUGUGGCCUGGCUCAAAAUGGACAAGAAGGUGCUGGAUCAUGAUGUUUCAAAGGAAGAGCCGGUCACCUUUCACUUCCUGGCCAAAUUUUAUCCUGAGAAUGCCGAGGAGGAGCUGGUUCAAGAGAUCACACAACAUUUAUUCUUCUUGCAGGUAAAGAAGCAGAUUCUAGAUGAGAAGAUCUACUGCCCUCCCGAGGCUUCUGUGCUCCUGGCUUCCUAUGCUGUCCAGGCCAAGUACGGGGACUAUGACCCCUCUGUUCACAAGCGGGGAUUUUUGGCCCAAGAGGAAUUGCUUCCAAAAAGGGUAAUAAAUCUGUAUCAAAUGACUCCAGAAAUGUGGGAGGAGAGAAUUACAGCCUGGUACGCAGAGCACCGAGGCCGAGCCAGGGAUGAAGCUGAAAUGGAAUAUUUGAAGAUAGCUCAAGACCUGGAGAUGUACGGUGUGAACUACUUUGCAAUCCGGAAUAAAAAGGGCACAGAACUGCUGCUUGGAGUGGAUGCUCUGGGGCUUCACAUCUAUGACCCUGAGAACAGGCUGACCCCCAAGAUCUCCUUCCCGUGGAAUGAAAUCCGAAACAUCUCAUACAGUGACAAGGAGUUUACUAUUAAACCAUUGGAUAAGAAAAUUGAUGUCUUCAAAUUUAAUUCCUCAAAGCUUCGUGUUAAUAAGCUGAUUCUCCAGCUAUGUAUCGGGAACCAUGACCUUUUUAUGAGGAGAAGGAAGGCUGAUUCUUUGGAAGUUCAGCAGAUGAAAGCCCAGGCCAGGGAGGAGAAGGCUAGAAAGCAGAUGGAGCGGCAGCGCCUCGCUCGAGAGAAGCAGAUGAGGGAGGAGGCUGAACGCACAAGGGACGAGUUGGAGAGGAGGCUGCUGCAGAUGAAGGAAGAAGCAACAAUGGCCAACGAAGCACUGAUGCGGUCUGAGGAGACGGCUGACCUGUUGGCAGAAAAAGCCCAAAUCACUGAGGAGGAGGCAAAACUCCUGGCACAGAAGGCCGCAGAGGCUGAACAGGAAAUGCAGCGCAUCAAGGCCACAGCCAUUCGCACGGAGGAAGAGAAGCGCCUGAUGGAGCAGAAGGUGCUAGAGGCCGAGGUGCUGGCACUGAAGAUGGCCGAGGAGUCAGAGAGGAGGGCCAAGGAGGCAGAUCAGCUGAAGCAGGACCUGCAGGAAGCCCGCGAGGCCGAGCGAAGAGCCAAGCAAAAGCUCCUGGAAAUCACCACCAAGCCCACAUACCCGCCCAUGAACCCACUUCCAGCGCCGUUGCCUCCUGACAUACCAAGCUUCAACCUCAUUGGUGACAGCCUGUCUUUCGACUUCAAAGAUACUGACAUGAAGCGGCUUUCCAUGGAGAUAGAGAAAGAAAAAGUGGAGUAUAUGGAGAAGAGCAAGCACCUGCAGGAGCAGCUCAAUGAACUCAAGACUGAGAUCGAGGCCUUGAAACUCAAAGAGAGGGAGACGGCCUUGGAUAUUCUGCACAACGAGAACUCUGACCGGGGCGGCACCAGCAGCAAGCACAAUACCAUUAAAAAGGUACUAACCUCAAGCCCAAGGCAGAAGACCUAUCUGCAUUUGAGCCCUCAAAGUAGGUUAUUCCCAGGUACUCUGUAUGUGGUGAUGGUACUGCCCUCUGUGAUACUAACCCAUGCAUGAGCUUGCCUGUCUCUGUCCCUGGGCCAUGCCAAGCCUUCCUGAGGGCAGGUGGCACCUGGGUACUGGCCGCAGCAUGCUUUGAGUCUGAGAGCAGGCGUCUACCGUGUGGGGCCAGACCAGCCUCCAGGGGUCUGGCAGGCUGCCUCAUUCUGAAGAGCAUGUACACGGGGCUGUAGGACUGGUCAUCCUUCACAUCUCGUGUCAUUGUUGGGCUGGGGAAGGUCAUGGCUUCUUGUCCAGUCAGGUUUGUCUAAAAGUCCUUUGUCUUGGUGGUAUACUCCUUAGGUGAAUAACCCUAGCAUGGAAACAGGGUAAAUUUGGGUGUUUUUAAGACUGAUGUCUUUAACUCAAGAUCAAUACCUUUCAUGUGGUGGUAGCCUCUGAAGACCCAUGGGCAUACCUGGCAGCUUCUAAGGGGCUGCCCGUGCUCGCUCAUUUUCCUUUACAGCCUCCCCCUUCUGUACACAUCCAUUUUCUUCUCAAGUAAAGCAAAUAAAUAGCACAGGGGUCCGAUUUGUAGUCAGUCUCAGUGGACCAUCUGUCUGUCAGCUUCAGCUGAUGUCUCUGCUUCAGCUCCUGCACAGCCUGGGGCAGAGCUGUGGUUGGAGUGAACUCACGUUGGGAUGGUGCGGUCGCGGGCACCCAGGAGAUGGGCAGUCAGUGGUUGUUGAGUGAAUUAAUUGAAUGAUUGCUGUUUUCCUUCUGCAACAGCUCAUUAUUCUCCCAACAUGCCUAGGCAGUGGAGAGAGUCUAUUAUGCCCAAUAAUAACAUAACAUCCUGCCUCUGCUCUUUGCCUAAUCCCCAGUAGUACCCAAGCCAGUGAGGCCACCAACACUCGACAGUCACAGAGGACGUGUCCUUUGGAGUCCUUCCCAUGGUUUCUGCUACUAGAAUAAAUAAGCUCAUUGGAGGCUUUCUAUCAAAAAGUGAGAUCUGGCUUGAGAUAGAUCAUAUUUGUGCUUGUUAUCCAAGCAAGAGAGGUUAGCUAUUAAAGUCCCAGAAGGAUCUCAUUAUAAGAUGGAUUUGAGCUGUCAGUGGUUCUAAGAACCCAUGGCAUGAACCCCAAUUUGUGCAUGACACUUUUGUUUAGCAGACUCCUGUUUCUUCAGCUUCCAGACCACACGUGGGUAUUGAACACCCCAACACUGAGCUGUGCAUGCUCUGAGCAGGGCAGUUAUGGCCAGCAUCAGAAUGAGCAGGCCUGGUGGAUCAUCUGCUCAAGCAGUGACCUAGUGGCACUGAGAGGACCCCGGGGUGGAUCUACUUUAGUUUCCUGGACUUUGUGGCUAGCACAGGGGCAAGCAGAAAAUCCCUUGUUUCAGCCUGUGCUGUCAGAUAUUCCCUACCUGUGACUGUACUGUUCCACCUUGAUGUGAUUUCAUCUCUCUUCUUUCUGUAAUGAGUCUGAAAUUUAAAUUCUUCAGGGGCCUGAUUUUGACCGUCAGUUCUCACUGAGCUGUUAUUAUAGACAAAUGAGAUUUGAUUUGUAGUCAAAUUUGUCCUGUUCCUAGAACAUACACAGAAGCCUUUCUUUUUAGUGUCUUGAUGUGAACUUGUUUUCAAAGCAGGCUGCCAGGCUCCAGUUAAUCAAGAAUUCUGAUUAAUCAAGGGUUAAUAAAAGCAUAGACUUGGCUUUUAAUCGACUAGAGUCACCGCAGCCUCACUCCAUUAAAUAGUGGUAGUUUUUGCUACAUGUGAAGUUUGAUGCACUUACUAUUUUCUAGCCUCUGGUGGUCCUUGUGGCCAGUGACCAGGACUGGCCACCAGCCACCUGCCUGUGCUGGGGUGGCUCUGGGGUUGUACCUGCUGCAGUCUGGGCCAGAGUCAGCCUACCUGAAGAGAAACCCCUGCAGGCUUAGAAGUGUGGGCACCUGGCUUCCAUCUAGAAAGUCAGGAGGAGAGAUGCAAAGGCUGGUGGUGAACUGGAGAGUUUCCAGUGUCCUGAAAGCUCAUUAAUCUUGGUUCAAACCAGCCUGCAUUGAUUUUUGUUUUGUUUUUAAUGUCUUUUGAUCAUAGAUUUCUUCAAGGAAAGAAUGAUUCUCCUACCUAUCAUGACCAUGGCGUAUUCCUCCUCCUUGCUUUUGGUAGUCUGCCCCCGGAGAGGUCUCAGUGUCUGACCAGACUGAGCAGUACCCUCGGGGGCUGAGUGACACUUAAGCUAAUGCCAAGGGUUUACCCUGGGGUUUCCAGGGGUUACCAUGUUCCCUUGGGAAUGCCAAGAGGCAGUCCAGUCCAGUUAACUGAGGUUACCGCUGCCCUGCCACUUACUCUCUCUCUAAUUCUUACUUUCUCUUAAGGCUCAGUGUCCUCACCUGUAAAAGGUGAAUAAAAAUACUCCUUACUCCCCAGGACUGCUAUAAGGAUUCAAUGGGUUAAUGCCCAGGAAACACUUGGUUCACCGUGAGAGCUCAGCAAGGGCUUAAAAAUAUAGAGAGAAACAAAUCUGCCUGUGAGCCUGUGGCGAGGGGCGCACCACAUGUAUGUACACGAUUUGUGAUGAGCAUAUCCACUAAUCGUGUUAAUUUCCUUGUGUUUGGAGGUAAAAACUUUAAAAAGGCCAGAAUUAACUUCACUGUUUCCUUCUACUAUCUGAUUUGGGUUUGCAAGGGUAUAUUUUCCUCCUCCUGCUAAUCUUAACUCCCCACAUUUUGUUUUUUUCCCCAAUCGAUAAUCAGUGCAACUGGUUUGGCAUUUGCAUCUGAAUCAGAGCGGCACUAGCGAUCAAAAGAUCAAACGCUGCCCUAGGGAACCUGGAUUCAUUUCAUUCUCAGGGGGAGCGACAGCGAAGUGUGUUCCUGGCAUCUGAGUCUUUUGAGUGAGAGAAAGAGGUCUGACAGUGGGGCUGGGGUGAGGAGGGCCUGCGUGUCUUGGGCUCAGGCUUCUUCCCUUCAGAGCCACAGUGCUGGUGAGGUGAGCGGUGGCCUGGUGUGGCUUAGCUGUGCAGCACUCUGGAGGUGAAUGUGGGGUCCUGGAGCAUGCGCCCUUCAGGGUCUUGCUUUCAUCCCCUCCCAAGGGACAGAUUUCACUCCCAAACCUGAGCUGGUCUGAGUGCCAGCUAACUUGUCAUAUGUGUGCCUGUGGUCUCCGAGGGAGCACGGGAUUUCAAAGGAAAUCGACAGAUGAGAAUCAUGGAGGUCGUAGAGCUUAGAAAGCUUGUUUUAUUAGUAAAUGGUUUGAACCAUCAAGGUCCAGCUGUGGUUUCCGCUGAUGGAGGAACAGGAAUGAGGAGCCUUGACGUUUAUCUGAAGCUCUAGCCACCUGUCUUGGAUCAGGAAGACAUAAAAGUCCAAUGUCAUCUUCAGUUUGCACGGACUUCCCUUGGAGAUGCAGGGCUGUGGAAAUGAAGUAGAACACUUAAAACAUCUGGGGAAGUGAUAGAUCACAGGGUGAGAUUGAAUAUGUGCGGAAGGCGGCUCCUGCAAUUAAAGCAAACGGCCAGAGUGUCCCUGGUGCCCUCUGGUCUGCACUGCCUGCCUGAAGAGGGCUGCUGCACAGUUCAUGCUGCAUGUGUGGCUACUGUGUUCAGCCCUCCCAUGACCCCGGUUACGGGUCCCGAGUGGCUCUGCCUGCUUUGAAAACUGGGCGUUGUUUGUUGGAGCAUCCUCUGCCCUGACAUAAAAGGCAGUGCACUGGCUCCCUGGCUCCAGAACCUUCUCUUUGUUGUAUUGGAACUUGGCAGAGGUGGGAGAGAGGAGAGGAAAGGGGAAUGGGAGUGGGCUGGGGAGCAAGGAUUAGCAAGGAGCCGCACGGGCACCAGAUGUGGACAUAGAGCACACAAAAGAGAAGCUCUUCCCAGGCUCUGGGAGCACAGGGAAGGCAUCGGGAGGCAUGGCUGGUCUCAGGGAGCGCUUCUCCUGGGUGUGACGCCUGGGCUUCUCCCUGAGGCCACUCCUACCUUACUCAAACUAUGUGUCCAGGUGCCUCUUAACUGUUGAGAGCUUACCAUUCUCUUCUUUUUCAUAGCUCUCUAGACAGAAGAUUCUACUAGCCUCUUUUCCAAAAGACCACACCCCAGUCCCUCUUUGUCCCUCUUUUUGAUUGGGAGACCUCACCCGGUGAGGCAGUUGCCCUUUGGGAGGCGCUGAGGAGCCUACAAAACCUGCCUGCCCUCCUAGGAUAUUUUAUGACCAUUUGGAAGUGCCUGAGGACAUUCCUGGGCCUUAUUGGAUGCAGUAAAACAUCCCAUUUGAUCCCUCAGCGCUGAAGAUGUGUGUCAGUGCAGCUCUCCCCCCAGCACCUGAUUCGUUCCUGCAACAGUGGGAGGGAAGAGCCGGGAUGCAAACUCAUUCUGCGGGCGGGAGGUCCUGCUCUUAUGAUCCUCGCCAUGAUUUCCCUGCUGAUAUUGGUAGUUUGAAAACGCCAUCAGUACAUCUGCACCUUCUUCCUAAGGUGCCACUCCGAGUGCUCUGCAGCUGUCAGUUAGCCUCCGCCUGCUCAGUGAGGUGAAUCAGGCCAGUUAGUCCAUUUUCCAGGUGGAGGAACAGAGUAGCAAAGGGCCCUGCCAGCAUCACACAGGCAGCUCGAGACACGGGCAGACAUCAGUCAGGCAUCUUUCUGCUGUUUUGGGUCCCUAAAGAAUUAAUAUGCAAGGGGC